AUGAAAACUUUUAAUAUUAUAAUUCUACUGUUGCUGGUUGUGGGGACAAGUGGUAUGAUAAGCAGGGUAGUGGAAAGAAAUACCUCAGAUGUUUCCAUAGCCUUAUCUCAAAUCAUCAAAGGCCUUAAACCCAUUCAGUUGGCCAUAUGGGUUAAACCUUCAACAACUCCCCAUGAUCAUGACACAGCCUCUAAUCCAGACCAUGACAUUGCCUAUGAGGAUUUACUUUUGCAUGUCGAUGAAUUUAUUCGCGAUCUACAUCAACUUUAUUUUAAAUCGGUCAUUUUCUAUGAUGUCAAUUUAUUUCUACGUUUUGUUGAGACAAAUUUGAUGGGUUCCAUUGAAAGUGUAAAUUUGAUAUUUUCCCAGCCGGAUGAAUUGACCCAAAUGAUUUUUGAGAGGAAAUUGGCCCAUCGCUUGAGUUUAUUUAUAUUCUAUUGGGGUGCCAAGCAUUUGCCCAAGAAAUGGGAACUAAAUUUCCAUGAACCAAUGAGAGCUGUGGUCAUAACAAGACCGAGAAAAAAGGCUUUCAGAAUCUACUACAAUCAAGCCUUUCCUGAUGGCAAUGGUCGCCUCUCAUUGGUCAGCUGGUAUGAUGGCGACAAUUUGGGUUUGAGCAAGGAGCCUUUGCUGCCAUCGACUAAAGUUGUGUAUUCAAAUUUUCAGGGACGUGUAUUUCGAGUACCAGUGUUUCAUUCUCCCCCAUGGUUUUGGGUUAAUUAUGAAAAUGAGAGCACCACAAACGUUUCAUUGGAUAACAUGAUGCCGGAUGAAAAUAUUCUAAGGGAGGAGUCAACUUUGGAACUACUAGAGGUUAAUGUAACCGGAGGAAGAGAUCAUCGUUUGCUGCAACUAUUGGCAGAACAUAUGAAUUUCGAGUUUGUCUACAUUGAAACACCGGGAAGGACACAAGGUUCACUGGUCAGUGAUAAUGAGGAUAACGUUUCGUUUACAGGAGGCAUUGGACUAUUACAGCAAGGGUUGGCUGAUCUAUUCCUAGGAGAUGUCUCCUUGAGCUGGGAACGCCGCAAGGCCAUUGAAUUUUCCUUUUUCACUCUGGCCGAUUCGGGAGCCUUUGCAACACAUGCUCCUCGCCUACUCAAUGAAGCUUUGGCCAUAUUAAGACCCUUCAAAGCAAAUGUUUGGCCUUAUUUAAUUCUGACCAUUUUAGUAUCGGGCCCAGUAUUUUAUUUUAUCAUCUACAUACCAUUUCGAUGGCAAGAGGGUUUUAAAGUUCAACGCAUGGAAAAUUCUCAAAAAAAUUCGUACUACCUAGUCUACAUUAAGGAAAUCACACGCAUGGAUACAAAACUUAAAUUAAGGCUAAAACAAAUGGAAGAAGGUAUACGGCAAAGAGAGGAGGACGAUGAAACUUGUGAACUACCCGAAAAUCUAUUUAACAAAUGCAUAUGGUUUACAGUGCAAUUAUUUUUAAAACAAUCCUGUCGCGAGUUGUAUCAUGGCUAUCGUGCUAAAUUCCUUAUGAUUGUCUAUUGGAUUGCCGCCACUUAUGUCCUGGCCGAUGUCUAUUCAGCUCAAUUGACUUCACAAUUUGCCCGUCCCGCUCGUGAGCCGCCCAUUAACACUUUGCAACGUUUGCAGAAGGCCUUGUUGCAGGAUGGUUAUCUGUUAUUUGUAGAAAGGGAAAGCUCUUCAUUGGAAAUGUUGGAGAAUGGCACCGAAAUAUUUCGCCAGUUGUAUGCCCUAAUGAAACUUCAAAGUCCCAAUGAGGAGGGUUAUCUAAUUGACUCUGUGGAGGCUGGUAUGCAUUUGAUUGCUGAUGGCUCAGAGAAUAAGGCAGUCUUGGGAGGCAGGGAGACAUUGUAUUUUAAUAUGCAACAAUAUGGUUCCAAAUCAUUUCAAUUGAGCCAUAAACUGUAUACCCGCUAUUCUGCAGUUGCCGUGCAAAUCGGUUGCCCUUUCUUGGAUAGUUUAAAUGAUGUUCUCAUUCAUCUUUUUGAAGGUGGCAUUUUGGACAAAAUGACCACAGCAGAAUAUGAAACACAAUCGCGCAUGAUAAGCAAAGAGAUUUCAAAGAAAAAGAAAACCUUGCAAGAGGAUCCUGCUGAGACGUCAUCAUCAUCAACAGCAACAGCAACAACAACCCAGGAGGAUUCUAGCAAAACCAAUGAUCCAACGAAAGGUCAAAGUGCAGAUAAUGCUGAGAUGUUGAAGAAGCCACAGGAUACCUUGACCAUAAUACAGCCUUUGAAUUUGCGUAUGCUGCAAGGAGCCUUCAUAGUGCUCAUUGUUGGCUAUAGUCUGGCAGGUUUAAUGCUUUUGUUGGAGCUCUUCAGUCACGGCAUGACUACAACUCUAAUCAGAGUGUGUAAAAAUAAUUUGCAUAAAAUACUCAAAUGUUUAAAAAGAAAUUUUCGGAAAUGUUUGCGUUUGUUGGCUUUGCGUAUCGCAAAAUAAUCUACCAAAGCCGGCAACUAUGAUUAAGCGAAAUAUGUAAGCAUUGUUCGUAGCUAGUCUAAGACUCUUUGAGCUAAACAAAGCCUUUGCUGUUGCCAUUGUUGCUAUUGCUUGAUUCUUAAUAAAGCUUUCAGUGUGUUGGUGUUGGUUUAUUAACUCUUGUAGUGUCUAGUGUUACAUCGUCAACGAACCGCAGUAAACAAG